CUUAUUUUAUUCUGAAGGGCAGAGUAGUGUAUCGGAAGUUGUGUUUGUGUUUUCGGUUCCCGAAAGACGCUACGACCUCCGUCCCGUUGUUUGCAUUUGACCUCGUGAUGAGGACGCCGGAGUAAAACGUGCCAGUGUUUAGUUUUCUAAAGAACGAAACGUCAGAAACAGCUGGAUGUGGUUUUAAAAACUGAAACAAAGCUACAAAGAGCAGGUCUGUUUUCUUCCUCUGACCGGAAACGCGUUCACUGCUGUUGUUGCAGGGAGUCCGCGCGCUAAGCUAACGUUAGCCGCAGCUAGCUCCUGCUAACGUGAGUUCUUUUACAUGUUGUGAACUCCGUAUUUUUCUUAAAUGCAGCUCGGAAAGAAGUUGAGGAGAAGCACUUCAACAUGAACUCCGAGAGGAAGCUGUCAAGUGGUCAGCGGAGAGCUUUACCUUCAGAUGUCCAGAAAGUGAUUGUUGGUGAAGAACAUCAGCAGGAGUGGAGCACCAGUCUGGACCAGGAGGACACAAAGCCCCCCCACAUUAAAGAGGAGCAGGAGGAACUCCGGAUCAGUCAGGACCGAGAGCAGCUUCAAGGGCUGGAAGAGGCUGAUAUCACCAAGUUCUCCUUCACUCAUGUCCCUGUGAAGAGUGAAGAUGAUGAAGAGAAACCUCAGUUCUCACAGCUUCAUCACAGACAAACUGAAGAGAUAAAAACAGAAGCGGAUGGAGAGGACUGUGGAGGACCAGAACCAGCCAAGAAAUCAGAUCCAGAUGCACAUUUACAACCAGAUAUUGAUGAUGAGACUGGAGACUCUUCUGAACCUGAUACUGAUGACAGUGCUGAUUGGAAAGAGACUAGAGAACCUCGGUCAGGUUUAAACUCUAUGAAAAAUUAUAGAUUCCCUGUUAGCGAUUCAAGAUGCACUAUUGGUAAGAAACCAUUUAGCUGCUCUGAGUGUGGGAAAAGAUUUGGCACCAACGGACAUCUGAAGAGACAUAUUAAAACUCACACAGGAGAGAAACCAUUUAGCUGCUCAGUCUGUAAAAAAGCUUUUACACAGAGUGAAAAUUUACAGACUCAUAUGAGAAUCCACAAAGGAGAGAAACCAUUUAGCUGCUUAAUCUGUGAGAAAGAUUUUGGACAGAGUGGAAACUUACAGGCACACAUGAGAAUCCACACAGGAGAAAGGCCAUUUAUUUGCUCGGUCUGUAAGAAAGCUUUUACAGAGAGUGGAAGUUUAAAGAAACAUAAGAGAAUCCACACAGGAGAGAAACCAUUUAGCUGCUCAAUCUGUAAGAAAGCGUUUAGAGAGAGUGGAGGUUUAAAGGCACACAUGAGAACCCACACAGGAGAGAAACCAUUCAGCUGCUCAAUCUGUAAGAAAGAUUUUGUACACAGUGGAAACUUGGUGACACACAUGAGGAUCCACACAGGAGAGAGACCAUUUAGCUGCUCAGUCUGUAAAAAAGAUUUUAGAGAGAGUGGAAGUUUAAAGACACAUAUGAGAAUUCACACAGGAGAGAAACCAUUUAGCUGCUCAGUCUGUAAGAAAGGUUUUGUACACAGUGGGAACUUAGUGGCACACAUGAGAAUCCACACAGGAGAGAGACCAUUUAGCUGCUCAGUUUGUAGGUUGGCUUUUACAGAGAGUGGAAGUUUACAGAAACACAUGAGAACCCAACACUUGAGUGUUGGACGCUCCCCCCUCGUUUAGCUCCUCCCUGUCUACUUUACUCAGGUCAUCCUGAUUUGAUCGUUAGGGAUUGGCUACGCCCCCUGUACUUAAGGAAGGCUGGAGGACUCUCAGACUGAAGCAACUGGCACCAUUGUGUUACUUUUUGGGGAGAUUGAGGUCUGAGGGGUAUGGCACAAAACCAAGAUGAGAUUUGGAUAUUGUACUAUACAGAUGUGUAAAUAGUAACUCAUUAUGAAAUAAUUGAAACUGUAUGAAAAUAAACUGCUGAGAGUUGUACAUUGAAUACAGUGCAUGACGUUGGCCAGGAAUAUUGCUAUACUGGACAAAACUAGAUAGAUAUUGAACCAAAAUACACUACAUAUUCUGUAAUACAUGCUUAUUUUACCCUAUUUUUUAAACCAUAUUUGUGAAAUGUGUAUUCUGUAUGUGCAUAUCUAUUGGUUUCGACAAUAUGAUAUUGUGAAGUAGGGGAGGACUUAAUAAACUGCAUGCUUCCACCUGCUCCUUCUCAAACUUUUUUCUUUUCUUUUUUUCUUUCUUUGGUAAAUUCCGACUGUUUUGAUUUUGUGGUUUCUUUUGUAACAUUGUUGAUUGUUGGAGAUAAAUAUAAAUGAAAUCACAUCAAAGAUAAGGGAUUUAGCAGGGAUUUCCCAGUUAUCCUGGACCAAAUUAAAUACCUGUUCAUAUAUACUUAAUAUAAAAAGGCUGAUAGUUACAAACGUGUUUUAAAUGAAGUCAGUGAUGAAGGGCAAUAUAUAAAGUCCUAUAUAUGUGUGUUUCUAUAGCGGUUCUAACAAUGCCAGAUUGGUCCGAGACCAAUACACCUUUAAUUAGUUCAGUCUUUUCUUGUAUUCUUUAACAAUAAAGGAGCAUGUAUGUUACUCUACCAUGUGCAUCAUAGAGUAGGUCUAGACCACACUCUAUAAUUUACAAAGAACCAACAA